UUCUUUUAAAUUGAUUAAUACAAUCCUUUGUUGCGCAUCCGCUAUAUAAGUUGUAGUAAAAUCCAAUACAAGUUCCUCUUUACUUAGCCUGCACACAAUUUUAACAUCGCACGCCAACCAAAUCCACCGGAACCUCCAAGCACAACCCUUCACCGUCCCCUCAACGACGUCGUACUAGUCCCAACAUGUCUUACGACUAUCUCUUCAAGUAUAUCAUCAUCGGAGACACUGGUGUGGGAAAAUCGUGUUUGUUGUUGCAAUUCACUGACAAGAGGUUCCAGCCUGUUCAUGAUCUUACAAUCGGUGUCGAAUUUGGUGCUCGUAUGGUUAAUAUCGAGGGGAGGCCUAUUAAGCUUCAGAUUUGGGACACUGCUGGGCAAGAAUCCUUCCGAUCCAUCACUAGGUCGUACUACAGGGGAGCAGCAGGAGCGCUUCUGGUUUAUGAUAUAACCAGGCGAGAGACUUUCAAUCAUUUAGCAAGUUGGCUUGAAGAUGCUCGGCAACAUGCUAAUCCCAACAUGACAAUCAUGCUUAUAGGGAACAAGAGUGAUCUUGCUCAUCGAAGGGCUGUCAGUCGAGAGGAAGGAGAGCAAUUUGCCAAGGAAAAUGGACUUCUGUUCUUGGAGGCUUCUGCGAGAACAGCUCAGCAUGUUGAGGAGGCUUUCAUAAAGACUGCUGCAAGAAUACUUCAAAAGAUCGAGGAGGGAGUUUAUGAUGUUUCUAAUGAGUCAUCUGGUAUCAAGCUUGGAUAUCAACGAGGCCAAGGUGCCCCUGGGGCAAGAGAUGCUUCAGUUACGCGGAAUGCUGGAUGUUGUAAUUGAGAUGAUGUGACAACCUUUUGAAUAUAUCUCUAGUUUGAUUCUAUAGUUGCUUAUCUUGUGAUAUAAUGUUAUGAAGCAAGUGGAGUUUAGAACUCAAAAGAUCAGUUACUGUCCCUGUUAUCCUGUAUAUGUAGACUAGAACGUGUUGAUCAAUGAUACAUACUUCCUCUAUAUCCUUAA